AUGCCUGGGUCGUGGGUCCAUGGCCCGCGAUCUCCCAGGAAGCUGGUGAUUGCCCUGCUUACUGCACUCGUCACCAGUCCUGUACCAGUUGCCCUAGGACUAAGGACGACGGGGGGAUCGCCCUGUGCCAGUGUCUGCAAUAAAGUAUCCACGAACACGACAGCCUCGGAGAUUGUUUGUUUAGACAAUAGCUACGGCGAUUCCAAGGGAAAGACCUUCGAAGACUGCGUCAGCUGUCAGUUGGAGAGUUCCUAUGUAGAUCGAUUGAGUGGCGAGACGGAUGUUAACUGGGGUCUCUAUAACCUGCGCUAUGCAGUCUCUUCCUGUGUUUUCGGAUACCCGGAGAGCGCGGCGAAUAUCUCCACCCCAUGCACUGUCACCUGUAGUAGCGUCCAGAGCGCCGUGGAAGUCGACCUUCUCGAUCCCGGUGCGAAUAAUUUCAAUGACUGGUGUUCGACAACUGGUUUUGCCGAUAAUGUCAUCAACGAUUGCGAGUUCUGCUACAACCUGACCUACCAGCAGACGAAUCCGCAGGUGUACAUUGCGAACUUCCUCGAAUCCGUCCGGUAUAACUGCCACUACAAAACCGGUGUCGGCCUUGCCUUCGACAUCGCCCCCUCACGCAUCUUCACCGAAACCCUCCUCCCCUCGAGUAUGUCGCUUGCCACUUCCACUCCUUCCGGCGGCUCAGGCGUGAAUCUGGGCGUUGUUAUUGCCGUGCCCAUCGUGGGCUUCAUAAUCAUCGUCUGCAGUCUAGGCGCCUGCUGCUUCUUCUUCAUCCGCUGGCGGCGCAAGAGUGUUGGUCGCGGCCGCUACCAGGACCACCUGUACGCUCGCUGGAACGAUACCUCCAUCAGCACGCCCCAGCAGGCGCAAGGCGGCUGGGGCUCUCCACAUCAGAUGCACGCCGCUGGAUACGGCGUGCAUGACCCCGGAUAUGGGUCCGGCUUCGGCUUCACCGAAAGCGAUGGACAAAGUCAUGCGGUUGGGUACGCACAUGAUUAUUCCAAGACUGGGUAUUCGUACGAGCUCACGGAGACAUCACCGUCUAAUUACCAUGCCACCCCGCAAAUGGGCGCGCACAGCUUCGAUCCGGAUCGGAAAGACCCGUAUUCGGAUCAUAUCGUGCAGUCGCCGCCGCCGCCAGCGCCGUAUGUGUCGCCGCAUAUGUGGCACGGUGACUUUUAUCCAGAUAAAAAACAGCCUUUUUAA